AUGGGAGUCAAGCAAUGGCUAGCUUCCCUGGCGGUAGUCGCCCUUUCAGCUACCAUUACUCAGGCGAAAGUUGAUGACCCAGCAGGGAAAGCAGCCCAGUACCACAAGGAAUACGCCUUAUUCAAAAGCGAAAACAUGCUCUCUCCAGACAAACUGUCUAACGGGGUUGGCUUCCACUCAUUCCGAAUUCCUGCUGUCGUCCGUACCAACUCCGGACGUAUCCUUGCCUUUGCGGAAGGCCGCCGCCAUAACAACCGAGAUUACGGCGAUAUAAACUUGGUCUACAAGCGCACUAAGACUCCAACCAAUAAUGGUGAAAACCCAAGCGACUGGGAAUCAUUGCGUGAAGUUGUCGGCACCGGCCCUCACACUUGGGGUAACCCUACUCCUGUUGUCGAUGGCAACACCAUCUAUCUUUUCCUCUCCAUGAACGACGGUGCUUAUAGUCAGGGCGGAAACAACAAGCUUCCAAAUGGGCAGAUAACGAAAAAGAUCGAUUCUACUUGGACAGGACGUCGCCAUCUCUACCUGACCAAAAGCACCGAUGACGGUGACACAUGGUCUACUCCUGUGGAUAUGACCAAAACUUUGACUCCAGAGGGACAGGCAUGGGAUGCUGUGGGUCCAGGCAAUGGUAUCAAAUUGACAUCAGGAGAACUAGUCAUCCCAGCACAAGGCCGCAACAUCAUCGGCCGUGGGCCAUCAGGGAACCGCGCCUGGUCGAUGCAAAUUCUGAAAGGCGCUGGCUCAGAGGGCACCAUCUGCCAAACGCCUGACGGCAACCUCGUCCGAAACGAUCGUCCACGGGACAAGGGCCAUCGCUCAGUAGCUCGCGGCACUCUCUCUGGCUUUGGUUCCUUCGCAACCGAUAACGGCCUCCCCGACCCUGCCUGUCAGGGCUCAAUAUUGAGCUACAACAGUGACUCACCAGCCAGGACUAUCUUCAUGAACUCCGCAUCUCUGGAUCGUCGCACCGCUAUGCGUGUACGCAUUAGCUACGACAAGGACGCUGCUAAGUUUGAUUUUGGUCGCGAACUGAGUGACGCUGCUCUUAAAAACGUUGGAAACGAAGGCGGUUACUCAAGCAUGACGAAGACGAGCGAUUACAAAAUCGGUGCACUAGUCGAGAGUGACUGGUAUGAGGAUAAGGGCGGAGAAAAGUCGCAUCGUGCCAUCAUCUGGCGCCGCUUCAACCUGUCCUGGAUCAUUAAUGGCCCUCAUAACUAG